UUUGUAGAGAAAAAGAGGGAAAAAAGAAAAUAAAUGUAGUAACUAUGGAAACCAAAAGAGAAUAUAAUCUGUGAGCUCGCGGAGCACAGAGCUCACUUUAUCAACUGAUGUCUUCUCCUGAUUCAGCUGCUCAUCAAUUCUCAAUUUGUCGAGUCUGUGAUGAUUCAAACGGGCAACCACAUUAUGGAACAAUAUGUUGUCCAAGCUGUAAAGGAUUUUUCCGUCGUGUUUACAUGUCUGACAAAAAGUUUGAAUGUUAUCGUGGCAACAUGUGUGUAAUUCAAAAAGGAACUAGAAACAUUUGUCGAGCAUGUCGAUACAAAAAGUGCCUUCAAGUCGGAAUGAAUGUCAAAGACAUCCGCGGAAAGUACACCUCACCUCAAAGUGUUGAAUACGAGAGAUCAAGCUCCGCGGAAAGUACUCCCAAGAGUUCAAAGGACACCGAAAUGGGAGUGGCAGAGGCGAUGGAAAUGGCUCAAGUCUAUAUGAAUUUGGAAAAAUACUGUGAGAAUAACUACUGUGAGUCAAAUAUGUGUCGAGAGGAAGAGAACCGACUAAUCGAUCGAAUGCUCUCAAGUACUGUACAUGAAUUAAUUCAGAAAACAUCACCCCAAUGUCCUCGUUUCAAAAGAGAUUGGAAACCACUCGAGAUGCUUAACCUUGAAAACUUUUGCCGAAGUUGGUCCAGAUCGAUUGUUCAUUUUCUCGAUUUUGCAACCCGAUUCCCAGUUUUCAAUCAGUUAUCACACAUUGAUAAGCGUGCGUGGUUCAUAAGCCGUCUUGCUCCAUGCUCAUUUCUUACAAUGGCAUAUCAAACAAGAAUUGAAAUGUGUGAAGGUCUUUUAUUUGGAUGCUCCAAUGUUUUUCCAUUGAAAUCCGAUCGAUGGAUUGCAGUUGAAACUGAACAUUUAAGAGGAUUGUUUUCUUCAAUUACAGAGACAAUGUUUUCAUUUGUGAUUUAUCCAAUGAUGAAUCUGAAAAUAACUGAUUUGCAUUACUCACUUCUCAAAGCAUGCGUAUUUUUCUCCGCGGGAAUUGUGGUAACUUCAGUUUCUGAUAAAGGAAUGGAAAUAAUGAGAAAUGAGUAUACAAAACAUAAGAAUGCACUAAUGAAGUUAUUGAUGAAUGGGGUGGAACGAUUCAGUCAACAAACUGAUAUUUUAUUCCAAAUUCAGGAUGUUCAAAAUACACUGGAGCGCGUCUCAGCUCAUUUCGACCAGGAAAUCCAAUACUUUCAUUUUCUGGGAUUGCCAAUUGUAAAGAAGAACUUACUUGUCGAAUGUCAUAUCAAUAAAACUUGUUAAUUUAUGUCAUCCCUUUUGAUAACAUUACUCAAAAAUCUCCUGGAAAUGAUCUUAUGUGUAAUGUGUAUUGUUCUACCUAGUUUUUCAACUCUUUCUCCUCUACAGUGUUAUGAAUAAAAACAUGGUAUUU